UUUCCCUUUGGGAUCGUGUACAAGAACGCUUUCUUUGAGAAUUUCCAUUCAGAUCGCUGGAUUAAAUUGCCAGGCGCGUAUUUGGGAAGAUGAUUUCUCGGAAAUUAACAACAGAGCAGUUGAUAGCCAGACGGAUGAAAAUUCGCUCAUGGAAUCAUAAAAUUGGAGCUAAAGUCGCGCCGCACUAUUCCCCUUCAAUGGGUGUUCGAAAUCCGGCGCCUCCAGAAAAGUUGAGCUUGUCGUUAUUAUUGUCUUCGUAUGCGCAUAUGGGCCAUUCCACGUCUUUAUGGAAUCCUUUGACGCAACCCUUUAUUUACGGAAAACGAGAUGGCAUUCACAUUAUUUCGUUGGAUCAAACCAUGGUUUAUUUACGGCGGGCAAUCUCUGUGGUAAGAGAAGUUGCCAAGGCCCAAGGAGUGAUUGUUUUUAUAGGAACACGCAAUGGUCAAAAAGAAUCGGUGGUGAAUGCAGCAAAACGGGCUCGUGGAUUCCAUGUGUUUGACCGCUGGCUUCCAGGCUUAAUCACGAAUGCAAGGAAUGUCCAAGGAAACCUCGGUGGUAAAAUCCUCUCCAUCAAUGAUAGUGGUAGGAUAGUUCCUACUGAAGAGUCUCCGAAAUUUGUUAUUCCCGACUUGAUGGUAAUUCUUAAUCCGUUGGAGAACCGUGGAGCUUGUUUGGAAGCUCAAAAGGCUUCUAUACCUACAAUUGGUAUUGUUGAUUCGGAUGCGGAUCCUAAGAUGGUUACAUACCCUAUUCCAGCAAAUGAUGACUCGUUGCGGUGUACUGAUUUGAUAGUGGGUUUGUUGAGUAAAGCAGCCGAACAAGAGUAUAAUCAAAACCCUGACUUUGUAAAAAGCACAGCAUCUUAUCUUCCCAAUGCUUAAAUAUAUUCGCGUCUUCGCGUCUGUUCUAUAAAAAGUUUUGCUUUGCUUAUGAUAUCUAAUCUACGCUUCAUACUUAAUCGUUUCCCAUCUCCUUCUUUCAAAUAUUCACUCAUAAAUGGAAAAGAUAGUAUUAAUUGAAAAAUUAAUUCUCUUAAAAAAAGAUUAAAUUAAGGUAUAUUAUGCCAACGAGAGUAGCAGCAGUUUGCAUCUUCAAUUGGGUAGGAAAGUUUGGAUCUACCGACAUUCCUUUCAGAGAGUGGAAAAAAGGCACUACUCAUAAUUGCUCAGUUUUUCUUCAAAAAUGCGUCUCAACUCAUCGAUUGUCAUCCGUUUAGUAGAUUUUCGAUCUUGUCUAUCCGUUACACUGAGGACUUGUUCUUGAACCUCUCUCUCACCAAUAACAAUCUCAUAGUUGUAAUUCAAAAGCCUCGAUUCUCGUAAUCUCUUUCCUAGAGACUGGGCAUCGGCUUGGAUAUCUACGUAAUAAUAGGCUUGAUUUAAGGGAGCGAAAUGCAAUUGAACCUGUUUAGAACCAGAAAGCUCCUUUUGAACUUUUUUCGUAAAUUCCAACACUGGCUUACUUUGGUUAAUUGGCAGAAUAACCGCAUGGCGAGGACUUAACCAAAAUGGCCAAUGACCAUUAAUAUGCUCUAUCAAUAUUCCCAUAAACCGUUCUAAAGAGCCAAAAACAGCCCUAUGGACGAGAACUGGCAUUUUUUCAUUUUCUUCAACAGUAGAAGAGCCACCUGCGUUAGUGCGAUAGUACAAUUGGAAUCGUUGAGGUAAAUGAAAAUCAAGUUGGAUGGUUGCCGUUUGAUGCCAUUUUCCGCGGGCAUCUGCAACGUUAACGUCUAUCUUUGGUCCAUAAAAUGCACCAUCUCCUUCAUUCAAUACCCAUGGUACUUCAUUGUCAUUCAAUGCCUCCUUUAACGCAUCUUCCGAUAAUUUCCAGGUCUCGAGAGAACCAAUGGAGUCUUCUGGUCGUGUGCUCAAAAAAUACUUUAGUUUGUUCAUUCCCAAUAAAGAAUAGACAUGUUUUAUGAAGUGGAGUGUUUUUUUUAUUUCAGAUUUAAUCUGCUCAGGUUCGCAGAAUAUAUGACCAUCAUCUUGAUGAAAGCAGCGGAGCCUAGUUAGUCCAGAAAGAGCACCAGAAGCCUCGUUCCUAUGUAAAGGACUAAAAUCUGCAAACCGCAAAGGUAAAUCCCUGUAUGACCGCUCUGUAUGGGAAUAUAAUAAGCAAUGACCUGGACAGUUCAUAGGCUUCAAUCCAUAAACAGAGUUCUUUUCUUCCUCAUUUUCUUCAACUUUUUUACUUCCUUCCACGCGAAAUAUCUCUUUUUCGUAGUUUUGCCAAUGACCACUUCGUUCCCAUAAAUCCUUUUUAAAAAUCAUAGGUGUCAUGACUUCUUCAAAGCCUUGCAAUCGAUAUUGGAGCUUUAAAAAGUCCACCAAACGAUUGUAAAUACGGGCUCCAUGGGGUAAAAAAAAUGUAGAGCCAGGUGACCUUGGAUCCGUAAUAAAAAGUUUCUGCCUUUGAGCUAUGACACGAUGAUCCUCAAACGAUAAUUUGGAAGCAUUGGAGUACAAUCUAGGAUGUAUAAUUACACCACAGCAUUUUCGGUUGUUAAAACCGAUUCUGAGAUUCAGCUUUGAGGUGUGCCAUCCAAAAUUUGACAAAACCAUUCUAAAUUAUUUCGUUUAAUAAGAAUAUACAACCUUUAUAUCUUAGAAAAUUAAAUUUCAAGAUACAUUGAACCAAAUCGCUAAUAUGUUUAAGAAAGGACUACCGC